CCGGGCUCCGGGGUCUCGGCCUGGGGGCCCUAUCCGCCUCGCGGGGGACGUCUCAAUCCGAAUGACCGGGCCUGGCGGGGGGCCAGGACCCGGUUCCGCGGAGUUGCCUCGGUGUUCGGCCCGACUCGCGGUGAGGGGAGAUCCGGGCCGGGCCGGGUUGCCAUAGGCGGCGGCACCGGUUAUCAGGAGGUGACGCUGAGCCUUGCCUGAGGCCCGGGCCUGGCUCUCGCGGCAGACAACGCCGAGUACGCGGCCCGGCGCGGGGCUGCCGCUGUCACCGGGCAGUGUCCCGGGCGCACCCCGCUGCCGGCCCCGUCUCGGCCCUCCCCGGGCCCCGUCUCACCCCUCCCCGCUGUGGGGCCCGUGGCCUUUACCUUCGGCGGAGGUGCGGAUGAGCUCUGCCAUGGUGCAUGCGGGCUCCAUGCCGCCGCUGCCGCUGUGCUGCCGGGCCGGCCCCGGCGCGUUGAGCCCGUGCCCGGCCGUGCGGAGGCGCCGGAUCGCGGCCCGGCUGGGCGGGCGCUGUUUGCCGGCUGUGGCUGGAGCGCCCCGCUGCCCCCUGUGCUGCCCCGGCCCGAGGACAGCGGUCCGAGCGCUCCCUGCUCCGGGGAGCGGAGCCCAGAGCAGAGCCGGGAGCGCUGACAGCUCAGCAGGGAAUGGACGGAGGGAUGGAGAGCAGCAGAGAACCAACCUGGCCGGGGUGCGGCACAUCCUGCUCGUGCUGUCCGGGAAGGGCGGCGUUGGGAAGAGCACCCUCUCCACUGAGCUGGCCCUGGCGCUGCGGAACGCUGGCAAGAGGGUGGGGAUCCUGGACGUGGACCUGUGUGGCCCCAGCAUCCCACGCAUGCUGCGGGUGCAGGACAGCGCCGUGCACCAGUGUGACAGCGGCUGGGUCCCCGUCUUCGUGGGCCAGGACAAGGCCAUCGCCCUCAUGUCCAUCGGCUUCCUGCUGGAGAGGCCGGACGAUGCCGUGGUGUGGAGGGGACCCAAGAAAAAUGCUUUAAUCAAACAGUUUGUCACCGACGUGGCCUGGGGGGACCUGGACUUCCUCAUCGUGGACACGCCACCGGGCACGUCCGACGAGCACAUCUCCACCGUGGAGGCCUUGAGGCCCCACUGGCUGCUCGGAGCAGUCCUGGUCACCACUCCUCAGGCUGUGUCCGUGGGGGAUGUGAGGCGGGAGCUGACGUUCUGCAGGAAGGCAGGACUGCGGAUCCUCGGCAUCGUGGAGAACAUGAGCGGCUUCGUGUGCCCCCACUGCUCUGAGUGCACAAACAUCUUCUCCAAAGGGGGAGGUGAGGAGCUGGCUAAGCACGCCGGGGUGCCCUUCCUGGGCAGCGUCCCCCUGGACCCCCAGCUCAGCCAGAGCUUGGAAGAAGGCAGAGACUUCAUCCAAGAGUUUCCCAAGAGCUCUGCCUUCCCUGCCUUGACUCACAUUGCCCAGCAGAUCUUGGAUACAUCACAGAGGAGCUCCUGAGGAGGGUGUGGAGCUGGACUGGUGCCAGCCUGGCAGCCCCAGCAGCGGGAAGGGCAUGCAGGAGCUGUUUAACUCAGACUCACUAGGGUGUGAGGGAGGGGGUGCACAGAUUGCUGCUGCUGCUGGCAGUCCCAGAGGGAAGUAGCUGCAUCCCCUCAGACUCACAGAGACUGGAGCUGCAGUGUCAAGUGCUGUUCUUCCCUCAGCGUUCCCACAUGGCUCCAAUCACCUGGAUCACGGCUCCGUGUGCUGCUGCCUUCUGCUGCCCCUACCUGAUGGAUCACACAGGACUUGCUUCAGUGCCUGGGUCGUGCUGGGUGCUCCCAUGUGGAGCCAGGCCAGGCCCCUGCUCUUGGAAUUCUCGGCUCACUGGUUCCUGAUGGGCUGGUGAGGGCACAGCAUGGGCUGGGUGUGAGGAAAUGCCUUCAGGAGCUGUCUGGAAGCUGCAUCCAUUGUGCUGGAAGCCCUUGGGCCUGCCAGGCUUGUGUGACUCAGGAAUAUUUUUCAAGGUUCCAGGCAGUAAACACUUUUCUUAAAAUACAA